AUGGAGAGCCUCCAGCUGGCGCAGAUGCUCGCCGACCUAAGCAGCCUCAAUGCAACCGAACCCCAUGCGGCAGCAGCUCUCGUCACUGCAAACAAGGCCAUCCAGACGGUCGAGAAGACCAACGCCAACCCCGCCGCCGGAUUGCCCAAGCGGCCCACCGACGAACUCCGCCGCGUCCACAGCUCCCAGACCUCGAGGACAGGUACGGGCACCGCCUCGCCUGCCCGCGUUGACAAAUUUGGCCGCCGUAUCAUGAUGAGUCCGCCCGUCUUGUCGCGCUCCAACUCGGCCCAGGGCUCCAUCCCAGGCACUCCUAAGAGAGACUCAGAUGUAAGAAGCACCACCUUGCAGCACCUACAACCUGGGACGGGACAGACAGCUUACAUCAUGGGUACUGAACAGGCCGAAGACGAUAUGGACCGGGCAUCGACCCUGAUGGCGUUGUACGAGAUCCGGGCAAAGCUCAAGCAGCAGGACAACAGCAGCCUCAUGAAGGCCCGGGAGAAAAUUGCCGACCUCGCGGCGCGGCAGCAGCACACAACGGCGACGCCUGGCAAGAAAGAGCCCGAGAAGAUUACGUCUCGGUUUACGUUCCCGAAAUAA